CAAUCGCGAUACUAUACCGAUAGUGCCCCGCCACUGCUGUGCUUGUACCCCGCGUUCUUGAAAUUGUAUCCGGUCAAGCCUCUCGUCUUCAGGAUCCUGGUCCCAUCGCUUCGAGUCACAAUUGGCAAAAUUGAGAUAUCACCAACGAAUAGACUGUGCAAAUAAUCCCGUUCAAUCUACCGAAAUUAUGGCAUCUGCAGACAUUGCAUCCAUCCCGACUCCCCCUCACUGCACCGCAGACUUCUGCUUGAUUCCGAUCGGGACCUCCUCUCCCUCCGUAUCCUCCCAAAUCGCAGACGUCCAGCGCCUAAUCGAAAAAUCCGGACUCAAAUACGUGAUGCACUCGGCUGGUACAACGCUGGAGGGAUCCUGGGACAAGGUCCACCAGGUCAUUGGUCAGGCGCAUAUGCUAUUGCACCAACAGGGUAUCGUCCGGAUCCAGACAGAUAUCCGGGUUGGCUCGAGGACUGACAAGGAGCAAUCGUUUGAGGACAAAGUGAACAAGGUGCGGCAAUUGCUGGCACAGGAUCAGUGAACGCCAUCGAGUGCUGGUAAUGUGAAGUUUGUACGACAUUGCGGAGGCGUUGCGGGUUCUAGGAUACACAGUUAAUUCUAUAUUGGUCUAGGAAUACUAUCCAC